AUGAGAACAUCAUCGACCACCAGCUGGGUCACACCGGCGUUCAUGGCGAGUGUCCUAAUGCUCCCAUGGCUCCCCGUCCACGCCUCAGUGGAAGACCCAAAGCUGCUGCCGACUCCGCCGAUGGGUUUCAACAAUUGGGCCCGGUUCGAGUGCGAUCUUAACGAAACUCUCUUUACGGAUACCGCCCAGGCCAUGGUAAAGACCGGUCUUCUCGAUGCGGGCUAUAACCGCCUCAACCUAGACGACUGCUGGAUGCUCCACAACCGAGCUGCCAACGGGUCACUUCAGUGGGAUACGACCAAGUUCCCUCAUGGCAUCCCGUGGCUGGCUGACUACGCCCAUGCUCAUGGUUUCCAUCUCGGCAUCUACGAGGACUCGGGCAAUGCCACCUGUGGUGGAUAUCCGGGCUCGUACGGGUACGAGCAGCAAGAUGCCGAUACCUUUGCGAGCUGGGGCAUUGAUUACCUGAAGCUGGACGGGUGCAAUGUUUACGCAGAGGAUGGUCGCUCACUGCGCGAUGAGUACAAGGUCCGUUACGGGCAGUGGCACCAAAUCCUGAGUGCCAUGGCCCAACCACUGAUCUUCUCAGAGAGUGCUCCCGCGUAUUUCUCUGACAAUAAGACCGAGUGGGCCAUGGUUAUGGAUUGGAUUCCCUACUACGGUGAGCUGGCCCGGCAUUCGGAUGACGUCCUAGUGUACGUCGGUGAAGGGAGCGCUUGGGACAGUAUCAUGGUGAAUUAUAAUUUCAAUACCCUUGUCGUCCGCUACCAGCAGCCUGGAUACUACAAUGACCCGGAUUUCCUGAUCCCCGACCACCCGGGUCUGACAGAUGCCGAGAAGCGCUCGCAUUUUGCUCUGUGGGCGUCGUUCGGUGCGCCGCUCAUCCUGAGCGCGUACAUUCCUAGCCUGUCUAGCGACGACAUCAAGUUCCUCAGUAACAAGGAUCUCAUUGCCGUUGAUCAGGACUCUCUCGCUCAGCAGGCUGCACUCGUCAGCCGCGAUAGCAACUUCGAUGUCCUCACCCGCUCCCUCGCGAACGGAGACCGGCUGCUCACGGUCCUGAACCGCGGCAGCAGCACCGAAAAGAUCACUAUCCCCGUGGCCCACUUGGGCCUGGAUCCGAAAUGCAAGUACCGCUCCCGUGAGCUCGUAGACGGCAGCACUUCGACGAUCAGCGGUAGCGUCGAGAUCAAACUGGACAGCCACGCCACGACUGUCUACCGCAUCACCCCUCCCCGUGGUUGCACCGGCAUUACCCCAACCGGCAUGAUCCUCAGCACGGUCUCGGGAAAUUGUCUGACCGCAUCCUCGACCCGGGCCACCUUUGGGGCGUGCAAUGCCGCCGACACUCAGGUCUGGCACGUCGCCGGCCAGGGCUCCAAGGUGACGAUCAGCCCGCUCUCGGAGGACACGAAGUGUCUAGCUGUCAACGAUAAAGGAGACCUCUCACUUUUACCCUGCAAGGGUGGGUCCGGCACGAACUGGUCCCAUUUCAUCACUGGCCACGUGCAAAAUGCGCGCGGAGGCUGUCUGACGGAGUCCGACGGACAAGCUGCGCUCGUCGCUUGUGAACUAAGUCAGGGCGGACAAAUAUUGGGUUUGCCGAGUGGUGUUCAUAUUGUGGAGGGGUCUGGUAAGAAAUAA